AUGUUACGCUCUCCUCCCGCUUCUCGCGACCGCGACAAAGUAAUAAGUGACAACAGUGUAGCUAAGUGCACAGACUGUGAAAUGGUGAUCAAUGAAUUACUAGCUUUUGUGGCGAACAAGGUUGACACAUUAGCCGAGCUUGGACUUAUACAAAUAUGUUUGAGUGCCUACUCCUAUGACGAUAUCGAGUUCGCAAGACAAACUGUAUAUAAAUUACUUGCCCCACAAAAAAGGAUUACUAGGCGUAAGGAAGGGAGUGAGAAGAAUAGUCUGCAGGAAAUAAUAAAGCUAAUAAAAGAAUUUGAGCCGGACUGCCUGCCCGUUUUUGUGGCAAAGGAUUUAAACAAGUUACCGCCAGUUACUUUUGAUAGCAUCGAUGUGACAACGUUCCUUAAGGAUAUGGCGUUAUUAAAAAAAGAGAUCGCAGCUUUACCCACAAGCUCCAAUCCCUACAGUUCCUCUCUGGAAUCACUCAAAAAAGAUCUAGCUGAUGUUAAGCUUGCAUUGAAGGAGCUGCAAGAAAAAAGAAUUGGGUUUAACCCUGCAACCUGUGAUACAUAUUCGUCUCCUAUAUCUUGUGAGGACAAGAUUCCCGAAAGGCGGGUAGUUAAGAAUAAAAGUGGACCGAAAUCGCUGUUAGCCAAGAUAAGCUCGCACGCGUCCACACCGGCCGCUCCCCUUCCACCAGAGCCCACAGUGAGGGCAUCGUGCUCACCUACGACAUCGCAAGGCGCAGCGAACAAUAAAUCAGUCCUACAGUCCAGCGGCACAGAUUCUAAACAAUUGUCCAGUCAACCGAGUUAUGCUAAAGUUGCGGACGGUUCUGACUUGGGUCCUAAAUUUGCGCUUGAUUGUGAUUUAUUAACCGUUUCUGAACACAAUGAUAAUGUAAACAAUUCGCACGUUCUGUCGCUAAAACCGAUAAAAGAGGGGAACUGGACUACAGCGACGAGUAAACGUCAAAAGAGACUAGAGAAUAGAAAAGGAAAAGCGCAUCCAAUAAGCGAAUUUAAUUUCAAAGCAGCAGAAAGAACCUUAUCCCUGUAUAUAUCACGAGUACACAGAGAUAGUACGGCGAAUGACAUUGCUGGCUUUAUUAAGUACAAGACUCAACUGGAAACGGUAGUUACUAAAAUUAAUACGUACGAAAAUAGUUUUAAUGCCUUUAAAAUCACAGUACCGCUUCAUAAGGCUGAUCUCUUUUUGAAUGAUGAGGGGGAUCAAUUUUGGCCUGCGGGAAUUGUUUUUAGAAAGUUUAGAGAGCGUGGGUAUCGCCCCGUACAAAGAGAACCAAGGAAUGAGAACAAAAUUACUAAUAAACAAUAUGGAUAA